AUGUCAACACCAGUAGAUCGUUAUUAUAAAUACUAUUCAUUAUCUGGGGUACCAUCUAAACUGCUAAAAAAUGAAGAACAUUUCAAUCUCCACAUUACACCUAAAAAAGAAAAAAAAUCGGAACAACCAAAAUAUAGGAUUCAGAUUUACUUGAAUUACUGGUAUUCCCAUAUAGUUGUUGAUGUUUCAACUCGGGAUUUGGAUGGAAAUCCGCUCAAAAGUAAAGAUGCUGAAACAGUUCUAGAUUCAUUCAAAAGGAUCUAUCAACGAGAGGUUAAGGUGCUAAUGAAAUUUGGAUUUCCUGGAAAACAUAGACAGCAAUGCUUUGUUGAAAAAACUAAUCAAGAAAUCCAGAGGCCUAUAUUGAAUCGAAUGACCGCACAAGAAAUGAAAACCAGUAUAACUUCUGUGGAAUGGUCUGAAGAUUAUCCUAUUCUAAUAGAAGCUCUUAGAGAGAAAUGGAAACGAAAUCCUCCUCCUAUUCCAGAAGGCCUUCCUAGAAUUACUGAUAAAGAUGAAUUGCUACAAGAAGGAACACGAGUCAGAGUAAUGUUGUUUGAGCCUAAAUCAGUACUUGGUAAAAAAUUACAUGAACAACCUCCAACAUACCUUGUAAAUGGUCCUCAUGGAAGAUUAGCUGUAUCUCAUUGUGCAUAUACUAGAAAGCAACUCCAAGUAGUUCCAGAUAAUGAAAACCCGCCUCCAGAUUCAGUAAUUUGUGGAAAACAAGAUAAAUUUAUUCCUGAAAAAAUUCUUAAGCAAAGAACUUAUAAAGGUAAAAAACAAUACCUUGUUAAAUGGUGCCGAUAUCCUGAAAAUGAAUCAACUUGGGAACCAGCAAAUAGAUUCAAAGAAGAUGCACCCCAUCUUGUAAAUGAAUUUCUGGAAGUUAGCAGGGCGUAA